UUUCUUUUCUCUAUGGUGCGUUAACAAAGAUGGAAGCCGCGAGUGUGGAAGCCGGUGAAAAAAACCAUUUAUUAGAUGCUUUAUCUGAAACUGAAAUCGCCGCUAUACCGAAUAUAAUUGCCGACAAACUAAAUACUUACAUUGAUAAAAAAUUUGAAGAAUACCUGACAUCUAAAGCUUUACACGAAACCAGUAAAUCACAAAUAGAUGAAAAAAAUGCAGCGACAGAUGCAACAAUCAUUGAGUUAACUGCAAAAUAUGAAGAUACUCUUAAAAAAUUACAAAUAUCCGGGGAAACUAUCACAGACUUGCAGAAUCAAGUUAUAUCUCUAAAUACAGAAUUAGAAAAGGCUCGAGAGAAAAUAAAACUUUUAGAAAAUGAAGCCAUUUCUCUUAAAAGUUCUAGAGAUGCUGCAGUUGAUGAACGAAAUGACUUAACACGUAUAGUAGAAAGGCGUAACGUUGAAGUUGAACGACUUAUUGCCAAUGAAAAAUCAUUAACUCAACAACUUCAUGCUGCCGUUGAAUCAAAAUGUAAAGCAUUGGCAUUAAAUGAUGAAAUACAAAGUAAAGAAAUGGCGCUUCAAUACCGCGAGAAAAGGUUGGAUCAAGAAAGAGUUUUAUUGAAUUCUCAAAUUUCUGCAUUAUCUGAAGAAGUUACCAGGCUUACAUCGGAAUUGCAAAGUGUAAGGUUAAAUCAAACUAGUAGACUUGUUACCUUGGAAACACAACUUACGGAAAAAUGUGAAGAAUUAAAAGCAGCAAAUCAAACAAUAGAACAAUUGAAUGAAAUGAAACAGAAUUUAAAUAACAGGGCUGAAAACUUAACACAACGGCUAAUGGAGCAGAGAGAAAUAGAAAAUAAGAUGACAGAAAAUUAUAAAAAGGAGCUAGAUGCAAAAACAAAAUUGUCUGACUUAUUCAAAACUAUGCGUGAAGAUUCAGAAUCAAAAUGUACUGAAUUGGCUGAAGGUAUUUCUGAAUUACAAAAGUUACUUAAUGAGGCAACAGAGCAAUAUGGUGAUCUAGAAACAAAGUAUAAACAGACUGAAAAGGACCAUGACGAGCUAAUGGAAAAAAAGAAUGAAAUUAUAUCUACAUUGAAAAAUGAAUUAGAACAUGCUAAUGAUUUAUUAAAAGCCGCUACAGAGCAAAACCUUGAUAUGGCUCUUAAUGAGUUGGCUCCAUCUGCAGCCACUGCUAGUAAACUAUUAAAAUCUGGUAUGUCCUUGACUCAAAUAUAUUCACUGUUAGUUACAGUUACAGAUGAAUUAAAUAAAAAAAAAGAAGAAAAUAGGCAACUGCAAGUAACUAUAAAUAAAAUAGUACAAGAGCUAGAAGAAAAAGCCCCAAUGUUACAAAAGCAGAAAACUGAAUAUAUUGAAAUAAAAGAGACUAAUGUAGCUUUGACUCAACAAAUAGAUUCUUUGGUUAUUGAAUGUAACAAGUUAAGAGAAGAUUAUUGCGAAGCAUCUAGAAUUUCGAAUCACUAUGGUCGUGAAAAUAAUCGGUUAAAAGGAGAACUGGCUGACUUAGGUAGGCAAGUAUGCUUCUUGUUAAAAGAAAUAGAACAUACUAGAGGUGGAUUAUUAAAUGGAGAUCACGAUUCAUCACGUCCAGCUGAUAUAUCUAAUUCAUCUGACAUGAGUUCUUCACGUAUUAUAUCAAAGACAUUAGUCACUUUUAGUGAUAUCCAGGAGUUACAGGCAAAUAAUCAAAAACUUUUAAGGAUGAUUCGUGAUUUGACAGAUAAACAAGAAGAAUUAGAGCGUCGUAAAGAGCAAUUUGACUCUGGGGAAAUGGAAAAAAAAAUUGAAACCUUGAAGCAAAGAGUUACAGAACUAAAUGAAGCUCAAGAUAGACAAACCAAAAUGGUAAACGGACUUAUAAGGCAACGUGAUAUGUUUAAAAAGCUAUAUCAUGAUCACAUGAAAGGAAAGCGACACGAAGUGUCCUCGGUUAUAGACACAUCGGAUUUAGAAACAGAUGAAUCGCUUGCAAUGGAUGUAUCACAUAAAUCUCCAAAACCCGCUGCAGUGGUAGUUUCAAAUUGUGAAGUAAAAUGCAAGGAACUAGAGAAAGAACUCCAGCUUUUAAGGGAAGAAUAUAAAACAUAUAAAGAGGAAAAAGUUACCAAUGAGAAAAUGUUAUUUGAGCAAAUUGACAAUAUGAGACAAGAGAUUGCAAAAUUAACAGCUGCAAAUAGUAAAUGUGCGGCAACAGCAGAAUAUAAUAAUGAAAGACUGAAAAUAUUGCAAACUAACAUAGCCACAUAUAAAAAACAAAUUUCGUCAUUAGAAGAAAAAAAUAAAGCAUACAAUGCUACUAUUGCCAAACACGAAGUUUCUUUACAACAUUUGAGAGAUGAAGUUUUGAAUUCACAAGGAAAAUUAGCUGCAGCUGAAAUACAGGUUGAGAAUUUAAGAUUAGAAAAUAAACUGGUAAAAGAUGCUGAAAUGCGCCUCCAGACAGAAAAGGAGAUAUUAAACAAAGACCGACAAAGCCAAUCCUUGCUUUUCACAAAUUUGGAAUUGUUAAAAACGAGUUUAGAACGCGUUGGAACAGAAAAUAAAGCUAGAAUUGAGACGAGGUUGGAUGAAGCCACUCGAGAAUGUGCGGCCUUGAGAAGAAGAUUGCAAGAAGAACAAGAUAGAUUUAGAGAAUUAGCAGUACAUUUAGAACGUGAGACAGCUACUACUAAAUCACGAAUGCAAGAAGAAAAGGAUGCAGCAGAUGCAAUGAGAAAAGAAAUUGAACAACUUAGGAAUGACUUAAUCAAUAAAAACAAAGCUAAUGAGGAAGUGAACAAAAAACUUAAAGUGGCUUUGUCACCAAACACUGAUGGGUCUUUAGAUACCAUUAAGAAAAUUAAAGAACUAGAAAUAAAAUUAUCAGAUAGGGAUGGUGAAAUAAAAUCUCUUGUAGAACAGCUAAACACUGCUAAAGAACACAUUAAGCAAUAUUGUGACAUUGCUGAGAAUGCUGAAAAGGAAUUGAAAAACCUAAAUUCCGAAUAUGAAAAGUAUAAAUUAGAAACAGGAGCGAAGCUUACUGAAAAUUCGGAAAGGCUACAAAUUUUAGAAGAUAAGUGUUCUGAAUUAGAAGCUGAACUAUCUCUUCACGCCAAUGGAGAAUAUACAAAUGCUAAUACUGAAUUGAAAAAUGAGUUAUCAAAUGUCAAAGACGAGUUGAAGAAUGCAUUAACUAAUUACGAUAAAUGUCGUACUGAACUUGAUGAAACGCGUAAUGAAAUCAUUAAAUUAUCUGAAACAGUUCAACAAGCUGAAGAAAAAUAUACUAAUGAAAUGAUUCUACAUUCUUCAGACAUUCAGACGUUGUCUACGGUAAAAGCGGAAUUAUCCCGUGCACAAAACCAGCUUAAUGAAUUAGUUGCUUUUAAUAACAGUACAAAUGAAAAAAUGGAAGCUGAGAAACUGGCAUUAAUAGAAAGGGAAAAGAUUGCUAUUAGUGAAAAUGAACAACUAUCUCAGCGUUUGAAAGACCUUAAUGAUCAAAAUUCUCUGCUACAUGAGCAAAUCCAAGCACUAGGUACUCAGUUGUCUGUCACUCAUGCAUCUAAAUCUUAUUCAGAGAGUAUGAAUGAAUCUGCUAACAAUUCUAGCAUCAAUCUAUCUAUUAGUGAAGAAGAUGGAAAAUCAUCUGAACAAUUGCUACAAAUUGUUAAACUUUUAAGAAAAGAAAAGGACAUUGCAGUAGCUAAAUAUGAUAUAUUACAAGCAGAAAUAAUAAGAUUAAAAUCGCAAUUAGAAAUCACUGAAAAGCAACUUGACAGUUGUAAACUAUCUUUGGCUUCAGAAAGGGAGAAAUCAGAAGUUAGUAUGAUUACAGUAAAUAAACAAUCUGAUAUCUUGAGAAAAGUAGAAACUUUGAAUGCUUUGACAGAUAGCAACAGAAUUUUACGAGAAGAACGUAAUUCAUUGAAUAAUCGUGUGGAGGAAUUGACAUUAACUGUUAAAUCUUUAGAAGAAAAAUUGACUCCGCUUGAGGAAACGAUAGCAGAUUACACAUCUAAGAAUGAGACAUUACUGUCUGAAAACACUGCUUUGAAGGCAGAUUGUGUAAGAUGGAGGACCAGAGUAAAUGCUCUAGUAGAACGUGCAAACAAAACCAGUCCUGAAGAUUGGAAACGCCUACAAAAUGAAAGAGAAACUCUGGCGAAAAUGCUUACAAAUGAGAAAGAAAAUUUCAGGAAAAUAUCUGAAGAGUUAGGUGCACUAAAAGUUGAAAAAUCUAAGCUAGAAGAACAGUACUCUAUUCUUUCAAGACAGCAUAACAGCGUAGUUGAAGAAAACAAGAAACUUAAUGAAGAACUUCAAGUUCUUAAAGAUGAUAUGUCCCGAUUAACAGAAGAACUGUCCAAACUUAAAGGGGAAUAUAAUACAGCAACUGAUACAAAUGCUCGACUGACUGAGGAAAUCACAAACAGAGAAGCUUCUCUCACUGAUAUCAGAAAUAAAGAAAAUCAGAUUCGUAAGAUUGCCAAAAAAUACAAAGGUCAAUAUGAAGAACUUGUUAAAUCAGUGGAAGAAGAAAAGCAAAAGAAAGAAGGCGAAGCAGCUGCCGCAGAUGCAGCAUUGGCAGAAAGCGCAAAGAGGGUUGAAGAACAGUUAGGUGAAGUUCAAAAGUUGUUAGACGCCGAAAAAGUCACAAACGAAAAACUCAAACAAGAGAUCGAGACACUUAAGACCGCUAAUACGGACAAAGAGGAAAAAGCCAGGCAAGUUUUGAAACAGGCAAAAGUUAAAAUAGUCCAGUUAACAGAGAUGAGGAAUUCUCUAAACCGUGAAUUAGAUGAAUCACGGACUAAAAUAGGUACCAUUGAACAAAGCACGCGCGACGAACAUGAUGCCAGAUUAGAACUUAUCAAGUCACAAUACGAAGGACGUAUCUCUCGCCUAGAAAAAGAACGUGUUGAAGCUCAAACGGAAAAAACAAGAGAGGUUGAGUCUUUAAUGCAAAAAGUGAACUUGUUGCAAAGACAACUAGCUAAUCAAACAUCAGGGUCCAAACAACAGACGACCACGGAAAAAACAACAACUGAUCCCCCCACAGCGAACAUAAAACCUAUGGCUGGUGUAGCGCAGCAGAGCGUGUCCGGCAGCCGGCGCGGCGGGGAGACGCCGCUGGCCUCCAUCCGGCCGAUGGCGCAGGUGGGCCCCACGGCGCCGCACGACGCGCAUAGCACGGAGUACAUGCCGGCGUCCUCGUCGCGCCCGCUGCCGCGCGCCGCGCUCGCCGCCUCCGCGUCCGCCGCCGCGCCCGCGCCCGCCACCUCCGCCGCUGCUGUUGCCCCGCCAGAAUCCACACAGGACAUGGACACCAGCGAGGCAGGCGGCGCGGGCUCCAGUGACAGCACCGCUCAGUCCUCAUCGCACUCGCAGCCGCCGCAACAGGCAGUAGCGUUGGUGCUGCCGCGCAUAGAGCAACCGAGCGCGGCCGGCUCCGCCGUGGUGACCCCGGCCGCCAGCUCGGCGCCGCCCGCCGCCAGCGCCGCCAGCGCAGCGCCGCAAGCAGCGCCCGCGGCCCCCGGAGCCGUCAGCGGCGGGCCGAGCUCGGCGAGCGCGCCGGGCCAGGCGUCCGGCGUCAGCACGUCGCACGCCGCGCCGCUCGUCAGCACCUCGCACGCGGCGCCCGGCGUCAGCACCUCGCAUGCCGCCCCAGGUGUCACAACAUCUCACCCAGCACCGGGCGUCAGCACCUCCCACGCCGCACCGGGUGUCAGUACGUCGCACGUCGCGCCGGGUGUCAGCACGUCGCACGUCGCGCCAGGUGUCAGCACGUCGCACGUCGCGCCGGGCGUCAGCACUUCUCACGCACCGCCCGAUGUCCGCCCGCCAAAGCGUCGCCUACAACAGAGGCCACUGACAGCAAAACGGACAAGAGUACAGGGCUUCGAACGUUCUGUGGAAGUGGAGUACCAAGUUCCUACAUCGUCGCGUUGCGAUCAGGAUGACGAGGGCGUCAUCGUAGUAGACUCGGAGGAAGACGAUGAGCGGUGCACGGGCACUAUGUACCGGGAGGGCGAGGAAGACGAGGACAUGGAAGAAGAACAAGAGGUAGAAGGUGGUGAGGAGGAAGAGGAAGCAGACGGCGACGACGCUGAACACGCGUCGACACGACAGGAGUCUCCGGCGCAGUCGCCGGUGGCGGGCGGCGUUGAGGGCGAGGAGGGCGAGGGCGGGGCGCGCGCCGCGCACGAGCCCGACAGCGACCCCGCGCCCGCCAUCCAGCAGAUCGAGGCCAUCAGCAGCGGCACUGAACCGAGCGGCACCCUGUCCCUCGGUGGCAACGGCGCUGACGACGGUGACGACAGCAUAGUUCCUUCCACUCCUACUCUCUAUGUUCCUAGACGGAAUGACGGGUUCGGCGAGGCGGUGGUGUCGCCGCUGGGCGGCGCGGGCGCGGGCGCGGCGGGCGCGGAGGGCGCGGGCGCGCGGUUCACGUUCGCGGAGGCGGGCGGCGCCGCCAGCCACCACGACACGCACGCCGACCUCGCCGCCGCGCUGCCGCCGCCGCACGCACGAGCUGAAGGCACAGAGUCGCGGGAAUGGGAAGAGUCUCGAGGGGAGGAGGAAGCGGCGGCGGUCAGCUCGCAGGGCAGCGAGCCCUCUUCGCCGCACCAGGUGGCCGAGGAAGGUCGCGAAGCGGAGGCCAGCGCUGCGCCGCGCCGCCCCGCCCCCUCGCCGCACCCCCCGCACCAGCGCUGGAUGCGCGCCGCCGGUAACUAUAGCGAGAGCAGUCCGCGCGGGCGGGGCAUGCGGCGGGGGCGGCCCGCGCGCCGCUCGCACAACUACACCAGAUUCUAAGCCAUAACCCAGUAUUUCAUGUGACUACCGUAGUCUAGGAGCCGGCGUUAGAAAUAUAUACACCCAUCUGUUAUUCAUUACUGCUAUGAAAUAAUUGAUAGAUAAUGUUCAGUGUUAUGAGCCAUGAUAGCCCAGUGGAUAUGACCUCUGCCUCCAAUCCCGGGGGGUGUGGGUCCGAAUCCGGUCCGGUGCAUGCACCUUCAACUUUUAAGAAUUUAAAUAUCACGUAUCUCAAACGGUGAAAGAAAAACAUCUCAAAGAAACCUGCAUACCAGAGAAUUUUCUUAAUUCUCUGUGUGUAUGAAGUCUGCCAAUCCGCAUUGGGCCAGCGUGGUGGACUAUUGGCCUAACCCCUCUCAUUCUGAGAGGAGACUUGAGCUCAACAGUGAGCCGAAUGUAGGUUGAUAAUGAUGAUGAUGAAUGUUCAGUUACAUAUUGUGUCAAUGUGAAUAUUUUUCCAUCAUUUAUUUAUUGUCCCAAUUAAAUAACAGAUGAGGGUAUAUAUUUGUUAUGCUGAAUCUCGUACUAUCACUAUAGACUGCUCGCUUUAGCGUUGUGAACUAUGCGAUAACAGUGUUCCAACUUUGGCGAUAUAUUUCUACUAUUAAUUAUUGUAGUUCUUCUAAUUGCGGAAGACGGUUUGCCAUUAGCUAUAUGAUAUUGUAUUGAGAGAACCUCUGUUUCAAAGAAACGUUUUGUAAAGUUAUUAAAAAUGGUUUUGAAUAUUCACCAAAAUACUGUUGCCAACUACUCGGACAAUUUAAUAAUAUGUUUGUACAUUGCUGAUUCUACAGUUUUACACAUUAUGCCUGUGAUUACUAUCAAAUCCAAAGGUAAACCGUCUUCUGUAGAACAAGACUUAAGCUUAAUCAUUACUUUGUAUAGGGUGUAAGUAUUUCUCAGUGUGCUUAAAAAAUAUAUGUAACCUUUGAACUUGAGAUACAUCUUACAAUGAGUUCUAGAAUUUUCUUCAUUAAAUUACGCACAUGUUUUAAUUACAGAUGUCAGUUUACCUGUAAACCAAUAAUUAAAAACAGCUUUCAAGGCAAGACUGAGUAUGAGUCAGUAUUUUCAUACACUAUAAAAUGAAGUAAUUGAUUCUCAAAGUGGUUCAGCUAGACUGCCAGGAAUUCACAAUUCGUAAGCUGAGGUUCAUGAAAAUUAAUUUGGGUCCAUAGUAGUUUUAUACAGAAUAUAUACGUAAAAUAAGUAACAAAUUAACAAUUGAUUGGUUCCUUAUGGAAGUUACUUUUUUGACAACCACUCACAAUCCACAAUCAAUAAUUAAUUAAUGUAUCAAUUCUUACGUUUUAUUCAAAACCUUAGGAACUCAGCCGCAACAUAGACAUAUUAUCUAAAGAUAUUCCAUAGUUAGAUCCAAUUUUCACAUUUUAUGUUGAAUUUUGGGGCAUGUUAUAAAAGUAGCUGCGAUGUGUCCACCACCACGGAACCAGCCAAAAUUGAAAAGUGGUAUCUGAGAAAAAAACUUUGGGAACCUCUGCGUUAAUUUGUUAUUAUAUUACAUUUUACAAUUUUACAACAUUUUAACAAUAAUAAAGUUCCAAUAAUUAAAGUAUGUAAAGUUUUAAUUGAACUUUGUUGAUGUUAAAAUAAAGUCGAAAAUGUUAUUACUCGAUUAUCUCAAUGCCUUUCAAAAUAUCGCGAUAAUUCAUCAAGAUGAUUCUUAUUUUAGACAAUAUCUGAACGAUAGUAAUAAAUAUUCAAUAGUAAACUGCUGUUUUUCUGUCUGUCUGUCUGCCUUCUAGCUAGCUAUCUAUAGGAUGUAUCUCCAGUUUAAAAUGAUUGCUGUCUCUAUUGCUAUGGUAUAAUAAAUCAAUGACUUGAUAUUAUUGUGUGGUGUAGCCCACAUCAUCUCUAUCGUGUUUCCAUUUUAAAUGAGAUGGUCCAUUUUAUACUGGUACUUUUUAAAAAAAACAAUCAAGAAAUCAGCCAUCUUGUAAUAAAACAAAAUUUUUUGUUAUAUUACAAGAUGGCGCCUUUCAAAGUGUGUCAUUUGUCAUUAAUGUAAGUAUAUAAAUUUUAAUAUUGAACAUUGAUUUUUUCAUGAUUAAAUGAUUUUAUAUAGUUACUAAGGAGAUGUGCAUGUAUUUUUUUUAUACUUUUAAUUGAUUUUAGUGAUCGAAACUAUGAUAGAAGUAAAAUCCCGUUUAUACUCGUAAAAAAAACAUUAUUUUAUGCAAAUAUAUUCUUAAAAAUCUUAUGUAUUUUAAGCAUUUUAGCGCGUAUAUGAUGUGACAAAAGUCAAAAGGUCGAUUUUUUUAUUGGUUGUAUAAAUUUGGUAAAAUUGUCAAAUUACGUCACUUUUCGAAACGUUCAAUAGCGAAUGUUUCACUAUUGUUGAAUUUUAACUUUUUUAGUAAUUAAAAUUCAUAAUUUAAAUUGAGGAAGAAGGAAUUAUAAUAAAAAUGGCUGGAAACACAUGCAUAUUCCCAAAUUGUUAGGUUAUAGUUCGUCUACUUUGUAUGUACAGUACAGUACACAUACGUAGGAUGUAUCAACGACCAUAAUUAUCAUGCCGAGAAAUAGACUUUUUGUCGACCAAUAGCGGCAAAAUCGAUAAUAUCGUUUUUUCUAUUGUACGGAACAAAAAGAAAGAGAGAGUUUAUAUUCACUAUUUCGCCGCUAUUGGUUGGCCAUAUCUGUUCUCGCCGUCGUGGCGCGCAUCCGAGAUCUUGGCCUGUAGCCAUUUGACACGUCGAUUCUCUUUCUACAAACGCUAACGCUUCGAAAAUUACAAAGUAGGAAUGAGAUUCACUAUCGACAGGUCACGUGAUCAAGUUGUCGAUGUGAUCUGUAAUUUCGACACAUUUUGUUAGUUUUCGAAGCGUUAGCGUUUGUAGAAAGAGAAUCGACGUGUCAAAUGGCUACAGGCCACUCGAAUAAACUUUUGAAAGUAGACAGUUAAUACAGAUAGCUGUGUAAAACUGAAAAUCUGUGUAACAAAUGUUCAAAUCCAUACAAGCCCAGAAUGAAGUGACUAUACCUACCUACCUGUAUUUUUAUUAAAAUAAAUGUUUUUUUCAUUGUAAUUCAAAGAAAAAAUGUCUAUGUUUACUUUAUGUUGAUUUAUAAUUUUUAAAAUUUUUUUUUAUUUCAAUUAUGGCCUAGGCCUUAAUACAAUUGUGGACCAUCUCCAUUAUGUUUUCUUUAAUUUAUAUUACAAUCCAUUGAAUUGACAUAGAAGAAAGUUUAUUUCAGUUGACUUCCUAAUUAUGCGUAAAAACUUAGAAAGAUAUUAUAAUGUUGAAAUAAGUAAUUCGUAAUGAUAAGGUUGAACAUUUCCAUACAUUUAAAUUUAUUGUCUAUUACGUAGAAUAAUAAAAAUAAUUAAAAUAUG